AUGGCAAAGAGCCCGGCCCCCUGCCCCCCCUUCAGAACCACCAACAUCCAUGCCAAGCCAAGCAAAAACAACAGAACCAACCCAAGCCGCGGUUCCCCCCGAGCCAACGCCACAGCAACACCACACAUCCUUCCAUACAUCGGUAGGGGCACAGUGAAGACCAAAAACCCCAAGCACAGACCACCCACCAGGAACCAGCCGGCAGACAAGGAAACUCCACCUCAGUAUAAGGCCGAGAAGCCCGAUGCAACCGCCGAGCCCAGCGAUGCCCGCCCUGCAGCACCCACACCCGGAGGAGUAGCCCGCAAGAAAACCCACAACGAAGCCAACAAAAGGCAGAAAGCCCACACAGCCAAAAUCAAAACCCACCAACAAGCCGAGACCAGUCCACCCCGAGAUCAACCCGGCCAGUCUGCCCAAACCAUGCAGACCCCUCCGACCCCCUUCCCCAGACAGAACCAGGACUGGCGUCAGAAGGCGGAACCCAGACUAGGAACCAGAAUCCCAACCAGAAUGACCCAGGUGAAAACGAUGCCCAUCCCCACUCACGGCCAACCACCCACUUCCACCCCAGAAGAAAACCUACACCAACAUUUGAAAGUGCCAGAACACUUAAGACAUUAG